AUGGCACAGCAGUUGGAGUGCCAGCAACUGCAGCAGAAGCUAGCGUCGCUGGAGGAGACGGUCCGCGCUGGGCCGCCAGCAGUACAACAGCAACGGAGACACCAGCAGCAACAACAACAAGAACAGCAUCAGCAACAUCAAGAACAGCAUCAACAACAUCAAGAACAGCAUCAACAACAACAACAGGAGCAACAAGAAGCCCUCGCAAUGGACAUCGUGGGAUCGCCUGCAGCCUUCCCUGAGGUCAUCAUUGAUGAGGACCCCUUCAACUUUGUCCGGAGCCGGAAGAGUUAUAAGAAAAGCAAGGUUAGUGCGAAAAUUGUUACCGCCCCACCACAGCCACCACAGCCAUCCGCAAAUCCUUCCCCGUCAUUGAAAACCAAAAAAGUUAAAAUCCCAGCCAUUACCGGCUACAAUUUAAACGUGCCCCAGUUCCUCCGAUUAAUUAAAGCUAAGGGAUUGAAAGCAUCCCUAAAAAACACGAGGGCGGAUAGAACCCUCAUUUUUACGGAGACGGCGGAAGAACACGCCCAGGUCUUCGCGCUCAUGAAAGAACAAGGGCUUAACGCCACAACCCGGACCCCGCCUUCUUUGCGAAAUCAGUCCCUAAUUAUCCGAGGGCUCCACAGGGAAACGGACCCCACGGACAUCCUGCAAGAACUGCAAGCCGACCACCCUGAGUUCAAACUCAACACGGUGGCGAACUUGGUUACGCGCAGAGACAAAGCUCUGCAUAGAGAAGUCCCCACCCUCCCGAUGAAAUCUCAAUCGGGACUAUUUAUAGCCACGUUCGAGCCCUCUCAAGAGCUCACCGAAGUGAUGAAGCAAGAGGAGAGGGAAGCACGACAAGACGAAAAAUACAAGCAAUGGUCGGACGAAAUAUUUAAUGAAAAGGAGGUGAACGAAGAACAAAAGGAAAGCGCUCAAGAAGUAGCGUGCCGAGAGAAUGAGAAAUCGCAGUAUGAAGGUACUCCAGAAGUAGUAGAGCAAAUAGCAGAAACUACAAAGCAAUUACGAGAUUCCCCUGAAGAACCUGAGGAAGGGGAAGAGGGACCUGUAGUGGGUCAGAACGUGAAGCUAGUGCUUCAAAAAGUAAGUAAUCAGGAAGGGAAUAUACAGAAAGAAGUGAUACAGCAAGAGAACGCUAAUGAAAUUCCAAAGCCGAUGGAUGGUGGUUUAAAGGUAACGGUUCGCCAAGCUGCAAACUUGAUUAGCACAACGCUUACAAGGAUUUUGAGAAGUGAGUGCCAUUAUUGGAGUAGAGGAAGCUACGUAACACGGAAUUAUAAGAAGCGUCGCAAGAAGUGCAAGGAAUCAGAAGGGAUGGAUGCAUGGAUACGGAAAAGGCAAGAGUUUUGGGAUAAUUACUGUGAAGAAAGCGAAGCGAAAAAUAGACGAAAAUUGAAAAGUAAGGAAGAUAAGCGAGUGAGUAUCGUAGAGCGAUCUAGUCGCGUUUAUCUUUUGAGUGCUACGGCAGCGAAAGGGCUGACUUUCAAGCAAGUAAUGCAAGGCUCUGGAAACGUGGUAAGAGUAAAGGAAAUAAUUUAG